GGGGCGCGGAGCGGAGCGGAGGGGCGCGGAGCGGGGGCGGCGGAGGGGCGCGCAGCGAGCGCUAUGCCUUUAACGGCGCGCGGGGCAGGCAUGCCGAGCGCGUAGUGCGGGAAAGUCGAGGCGGGGUUAAAGUUCAGCUCAUGGAGCGGCUCCGCGCUGGCUGCAGUUUGGCAGAGUUGGAAAUGUGAAAGCAAGAAGCAGGCUCGGGGCUCCCCCUCCUCUCCUCUCUCUCUCUCUUUUUUCCCCUCCUCUCUCUCCCUCUCCCUCUGUCUCUCUCCCCCUCUCUCUCUCCCUCUCUCCCCGCACACGCACACCUCCAAACCGCAGCCCCCCGCAGCAGUCAUGUAUUCUCCGCUCUGUCUCACCCAGGAUGAAUUUCAUCCCUUCAUCGAAGCACUUCUGCCUCACGUCCGAGCGUUUGCGUACACGUGGUUCAACCUGCAAGCCCGAAAAAGAAAAUACUUCAAAAAACAUGAAAAACGCAUGUCAAAAGAGGAAGAGAGAGCCGUGAAGGACGAACUGCUAAGUGAAAAACCCGAGGUAAAGCAAAAAUGGGCAUCCAGACUUCUGGCAAAGCUCCGGAAAGAUAUCAGGCCUGAAUUUCGGGAGGAUUUUGUUCUCACAGUCACAGGAAAAAAGCCUCCGUGUUGCGUUCUUUCCAAUCCAGACCAGAAGGGCAAGAUGAGAAGAAUUGACUGCCUUCGCCAGGCAGAUAAGGUCUGGAGGUUGGACCUUGUUAUGGUGAUUUUAUUUAAAGGUAUUCCGCUCGAAAGUACUGAUGGCGAGCGCCUUGUAAAGUCCCCACAGUGCUCUAACCCCGGGCUGUGCGUACAGCCCCACCAUAUAGGAGUUUCUGUUAAGGAACUCGAUUUAUAUUUGGCAUACUUUGUGCACGCAGCAGAUUCAAGUCAAUCUGAAAGUCCCAGCCAGCCAAGUGAAGCUGAUAUUAAGGACCAGCCAGAAAAUGGACAUUUGGGCUUCCAGGACAGUUUUGUCACAUCAGGUGUUUUCAGUGUGACUGAGCUAGUAAGAGUCUCACAAACACCGAUAGCUGCAGGAACAGGCCCUAAUUUCUCCCUCUCAGAUUUGGAAAGUUCUUCGUACUACAGCAUGAGCCCAGGAGCAAUGAGGAGGUCUUUACCUAGCACAUCCUCUACCAGCUCCACAAAGCGUCUCAAGUCUGUGGAGGAUGAGAUGGACAGCCCUGGGGAGGAGCCGUUCUACACAAGCCAAGGGCGCUCUCCGGGCAGCGGCAGCCAGUCCAGCGGAUGGCAUGAAGUGGAGCCAGGAAGAGGAAACUCACUGGUCAAACCCUUGGACACCAGAAUAGUUGCAUGCAGUUUCCCAGGGAGCCAGAUAGCUCUAAAGCUUCCCAGAUAUCUAAGAAACCCCGAACACCGCGGAGCACUUCAUGGAAUGCCAUCGCCAACUACAUUAAAGAAGUCAGAGAAGUCUGGUUUCAGCAGUCCCUCGCCUUCGCAGACCUCCUCCCUUGGAACGGCUUUCACACAGCACCAUCGACCUGUCAUUACAGGACCCAGAGCAAGUCCACAUGCAACACCAUCGACUCUUCAUUUUCCAACAUCACCCAUUAUUCAACAGCCUGGGCCAUACUUCUCACACCCAGCAAUCCGCUAUCAUCCUCAGGAGACUCUGAAAGAGUUUGUCCAACUUGUCUGCCCCGACGCUGGUCAGCAGGCUGGACAGGUGGGGUUCCUAAAUCCCAAUGGUAGCAGCCAAGGCAAGGUGCACAAUCCAUUCCUUCCUACCCCAAUGUUGCCACCACCACCUCCGCCACCAAUGGCUAGGCCUGUGCCUCUGCCAGUGCCAGACACAAAACCUCCAACCACAUCAACAGAAGGAGGGGCCACCUCUCCCACUUCUCCAACCUACUCGACACCCAGCACCUCCCCCGCAAACCGAUUCGUCAGUGUUGGACCACGGGAUCCAAGCUUUGUAAAUAUCCCUCAACAGACUCAGGUGGGCCGCUUUCGACUUCUCUGUUUGCCUGCAGCCUCUUCUCCUCCUCCUCCAGUGUCCUCUAACGUGUCCCCACGGAGCAGCUGCACUGCCGCUGUCACUUCACCCACAUGGUCUCAGUAACUACAGUGAAAUGUCACUUGCAGUUUUGCAGUUUGUUUGUCUGUUGUGGUUUUUUUUCUUUGUUUCUUUGUUUUGUUUGGUUUUUUUCUUCUUUUUUUGGGGGGGCUUGUGUGGUGAUAACGCUGCUUUGUAACUGGAAGGACCUCUCUCUGCUUUCUAAGGUGUUGGCUCCCAGCACGCAGUUGUUUGCUCUAGGGACGGGGUUUUAAAGGCUUUGGCUCCAACCUGCUCCCCAGGCACUGCAUUUAAUUGUCUUUAGAUUAGAUGGUAAGGAGAAACCCUUCCUUGGGUGGGGAGGCCCUGGUAAAGGUUGUCCAGAGAAGCUGUGGCUGCCCCUGGAUCCCUGGGAGUGUCCAAGGCCAGGUUGGACAAGGCUUGAGGCAAUUUGUGCUAGUGGAAGGUGUCCCAUGAAACAAGACGAUCUUUAAGGUCCCUCCCAACCCAAACCAGACCUGUCAGUGAUAUGCAAAAGGAGCUCAGAGAGACCCAUGGGGUAACAGUGCCCUGUAGUCCCCCAGCAGACACAACGUGAGACUGCUCCAGUGACUUCCAUGUAAAAAAAAAUACUCAUAUUCCUGGUUGGCCAUUUGCAUGGUGGGCUUUGAGCGAGCGGGAGAUUUUUGUGAUUGUGAGCACAUCUGUUUUCCUUAUGCAAAGAGAAAAAAGUCCAGUUGAGGCAGGCCUAUAAAGCUGGGUUAGCUGAAUUCAUGGUCCUGCUAUGGUCAAAUCAGAAGCUCAAGUAAACAUUUGUGUUUCUUUAGGAGAAGGACGAGAUUUAAAUGUGCUUUUUCCAAGCUAUAUCAAAUUCCCAGGGUCGAUUAAGAAAAUAGUUGUUGGCAGUUUUGUUAGCAGCUAAUUUGAGCCAGAUGUUGAAAAAAUUAAGUCUGGGCUUAAUAUCACGUUAUCAUGGGGGGGGGAAGGUAUAAAAAAGUGAGCAAAGUUAGUGCAACUGUAGUUUAUAGUUUGAAGUGAUUGCUUGACUACGUUGCAAUUCUUUUAAAGGUCAGCUACACAAAGUAUUUGUGAUUUUGUUUUGAGCUGGUUGCAGUGACUAAAAAGCAGUAAUUCAAAUAACUGGCAAACUGGGCAUUACUACCCUUGGCUCUUGUAAGUUCUUUCAAAUGGUUUAUAGGCUUCUGAAUAAUUAGUGUGCAGAUUAAUGGCUGUCACAUGCCACAGUAGGUGCAUGAAGACAGACUCCUCGUUGUGAUGGCUUCAGCACCUCCACUGUCACUGAAACACAGGUCACUCAUUCCCAAAGAUUUUUAGUUUACAGGGCUGCAAGCAGCUGCCUGUGAGCACAACGUGAUUUUUUGCUUUCUGCUCUUUGUGUACAAUUUGUUAGGGGUUUUAGUUUAUAGCUCUGUGCACAGCACAGGUUAAACUAUAUCGAAUCUCAAACCUUCUCUGCAUUAAAUAGGGUCACAGAAAGUACAGCAGCAAUGCAGAGAGGGGUUUAACCCAUCCGAUUCUGGGGGCUUUUUUCAUGCCUUAGCAAAACUCAGCCUGCACCCCACUUUUCCAGCCUUGUGCUUUAUGGGGUUCAUGGUGUGACAAGUUCUCAUGCAUUUUCCCAUUUAAAUCAUAUUUCUUCAGUUGUUUUGGAAGCAACUGGAAUACACAGAAAUACGCUGAAAUCUGGAAACAGGAAUGUUAAGGUGUGCUGCUAAAGUCCUUAAGCAUUUGGUCUUUUCCUUCAAUAGCUCAGGAAACCUGAAACCCUUUGGAGAAUGCUACUUACCUUUUCCAGGAGACUUGAAAAACUCCUAGUUGGUAAAUUGAUUAUGUAGUAAGACACAACAGUAUUAAGUCUCCAAAGAUAUUUAAAACUUACUUGCAUCCUGCAGCCUAAGUUUCGCAGAUAAGUUUGUUGACUGUAAACUUUUAUCCUCCUUAUUUAUGACUUAAAUCAUUUUAAAGUGCUCUAGCGUUACUUUAAGUGCUCCUCUGUAAUGCAGUGUAGUGAAUAACAAUGCUGUACAGUGAAAAACAAUACUCAAGCACAGCUUUCAAUUAAAGUCUAACAUGCUGCAGUGGGCAAGGAGACUGACUUCCAGUCUCUGACUCCAGCUGCAUCUCCCUGCUUCUAUACAUCAUUACACCACCACAACCCACUUGAUACUAAAUAUAUAAUUUAUCAGCAAACUCACUACUUAUUCAUGAAAGGACUCUGAAGUUGACUGUGCUUUGAGUCAGAGAAGUGAGGUAGAAGUGCUAACUGCAAUGAUUUGGGAUUUAUGUAGCAUUCCUCUAAACAAAGACAGGCUUUUGUGCUCUUUUUUGCAGGGCAUUAGUGUAUAGAACGACCACUUAGGAUAUUUUCAAAAUGAAAAUGCAAAAACACAUAGGACUGUGUUAUUAAAAGCAGCUGGGGUGGCUCCUUUCCAUCGGGAUCUGUAGGGUACAUCCAGAGUCAGGCUAAGAUACAGGUCCUGAGGACCACUAGCUGCCAGGGACACAGCUCCCUGAGACAAGAGGAAGCAGGGAACACUCCGAGCUUCUGGAAGUCAAGCUUAAAUAUAAGGGUUAAGCAACUCUUUAUGCUGAAACAAUAAAAUAAAAAUGAAGGCUGUAUGUGAACAUCUGGUUUUUAAAAACUAUGGUCCAGCUACAACCCAUAUGAAAAUAUUUUAGUCAGAUUUUUGGUGGCUCUGAUGUUAUCUUGGUGGAACAUUGCACUAUAAGCACUAUUUACACAUCAUCAUCAUCAUAAUCAUCAUCAUUAGUCUUCAAGUGCUGCAGAAGUGAGUCUGUGCACAGGGAUGUGUCAGUUCCACGUAGCAGGAGCCACAAUUCCCAUACAUGGGCAUUCCCAGAACAUUGGAAUAAAAUCCCAGGCAAAUGUACAGUGGGCUGGGGCAAGGAUUAUUCUGUCCUGGGCUGUUUCUAAACAACCAAACCCAGUACAUGCCUUUCUUAAUCAAUAUUAGAAAAAUUAUCAGUAGACAUUUCCAUUAGCGCUAUGUUCUGAUUUAUGUCAUAUUGUGGCAAAUAUAACCUCUUAAAGGAAUUUUAUAGCAUUUAUAUAAUACUCAUUAAAAAGCCAUCUUCCUGUGUCAACAAAGGUUGCAACAGGACAACCACUCCAUCACAGGACAGAUGGGGAAAUAAACUGUUUUAAGUCAGUAGUUCUGAUUUGGUAAGAAAAGCCCCCAAAGGGCUGUUGGCUUUGCCUGGUUUUAGCAGCUUCCAAACUUUUCAGUAGGUUUGGUUUUGCAUCCACUGCUUACACUGUCCAUCACUCUGCCACUCCACUCACUGCACAAUUGUCCUGUCUUGGGGGUUAUUUGAAUCUAAAUUUCUGUUUGAGCUAUUAGAAGCAGCACUUGACUUGGCAUCCCCUGGAUAUGUUGACAAAAAGGCACAGGUGUUGUAACCUUUGCUUGAUAAAUCAUUUACUUUUGCUACUUGACUUGCAAGCAAUAUGGGGGCAUCAGCUUUUUAACUGCCUUUUCCAUAUGCAAAUCAGAAAUACAGGAUGCCUGGGGUACAGGGGCUCUGGUUUCAAAAGCAAGUUGGUCUGGAUACCUCAUGACUAAGUAAUAGAUACGUCUCUCAUAUUGCCAAGGACUUGCAAUACGGAGAAUGGUGGAGGGAUGGGAAAGUCCCAUCUCAUUAAUUAGGGACGAGCCUCUCAGUAGCACCAAGGUGAAUAAAGGGGUCUGAAUUUUGAGGUGGUUUUUUCCUAAAAUUAAUAGUGAAACACGGGCUAUGGGCUGGGAGUGUGUGCAGCUGGGAAUGCUAAACCAGCAACCUGUGACCAGGGUUUGCCACUCAGCACUCCAAAUGCUGCUUGCUGCUCUCUAAUGCCCUGGCUUUGCUCUAGGGUACAAAAUUCUUUUAGGGAUCUGCGUGCUCUGUACUCAUCAUGCUGCAGCUCCACUUCACACUAAACAUUGUUUACUAUGCUGAGUCCUGUUUGCCACCUACUUAGCCUACACCUUCCUGGAAAUUGUACUUGGGAUGCUAAAAACAGCUCCUGAGAAACACAUGCCUGCUCCAUCUAAUCACUCCUACCUGCCACUGGCCCAUGUGCCCUGCACAGGGAGGGUAUGAGGAUGCAGGGAACAGAAACUUCCUCCCACUGCAGGCACCCAGGCAGAGAAUAACCACUUUACCCUGUGAGAAAGUGAAUACUGUAGCCCUGACCAGCUGUGUCAGGAAAAAUCUCUCUCUAAUGUAAACACGCUCUAUAUCAGAUCCAUCCCAGGUAGUUUCUAAAAACUUAGUUAAGCACAAACCCAAAUAUUUAUUCCCUUGGCUUUCUGUAUGAAAAGAUAAAACUUAUUUCUAGAAGGACAGAAGCUCUUAUUUCUAGAAGCUCUUCCUGGUUCUGCCUUUGCACAUUCCCAAAGCACUGUCAGAUCCUGGAUAAUAAGCAAAGGUCUUGGGUUUUCACACUUUCCCUGGUGGGGCCCUAGAGCCACCCAGCUACAAGAGAGCUCUAGAUAGACCUCAUCCUUUAUAGCACAAAACAACUGAAACAAAAGGCCUGUAACCUGCCUAGAACACUGAAAUAAAGUUUAAGAAAAACCCCAAAAGUUAAACAAGCUUAUCUAGGCAGCAAAAUAACAGGUAUGAAAACCAGCAAGUUCAGCAGAACAGCCUUAUAAAGACUAGGUACAAAAAUUCACCCUGUAAAAUACAUCUUUAGAAGAGCAAUAGUAACUUAGGAGGGAAAUCACUGAAGUUUAGCAAAGUGUUUAAAGUACAAGGAAAUUGCUAACUCCUUUAGAUCUUCUCAUGCUCCCUGCCCUUCCCAAAUUAGACAGUGGUAUCUUUGUAGCUUUCUCCUUUUGGGCUUUUAUUUAUCUCUAAAAAAACCACCAUAUGCCUCAGGUGCAUCCACAAACCUAAUUGUACAAUUACUUUCUUUCCCAGAGACAAGGCAGAACCCGUUUUGCUUCCCCACAAGCGAUUUUUUCUUUUUUUUUUUUUUUUAAGAGAGCAAACUGCAACCUGCAAUUUUUCACUGGCAGCACUUUAAAACAAAGGGCAUGAGAAAAAAAAUGAGCUGGAUGCUGUGUCCUGUAGGAUAGCAGAUGUGAGCUCUGUCAGAGCAAGGGGGGAGGCGAAUUCCAGAGGAGAGGGUCCUCCUGUGAGAGCAGCCAGGCGCUGCUGCCCAGACACUGGAAUUUGAGGAGCGUGGUGCAGGUGAUGCCCCUCUCCAGGAGCCAGGCAGGGAAGCAGCCCCACUGGGGGCAUUCUCUAGAAGUGUAUAGAAUCCAUAGAUCAAAGUCAGCACCUUGACUGGGAAGCUGAUGCAGCUCCUGCAGCGCUUCGCUCCUGCAGCUGAAACCACGGAGCCUCUCUGUGCCCAGGUUCCAUUGCCACCCUAUGGAAGAAAGAAACCAGUGCACACAUUUUUCUUUUUUUUUUCCUCUGCACAAAUCCAACUUGUGUGCCUGCCUGCACGGGGAUUUUCCAUCCCUGCCUCUCGCUGCCACCGUGCCCCAUCCCGAGGGGAUGCUGAGCCCCACGCAGCUCGUGGCCAUGGGAUUUAUUCCUGAGCCCCACGGGCUGCCUGGCCUGGCUGCCUGCACACCCUGCUGCCUUGGUCCCGGCUCCCAGGGACCAGGAAUGGCACCAGGCAGGACCUGCUGGCCCAGGGGGACAGGGGCAGGGCAGGGUUUUGUGGCUCUGUGCUGACAGCUGAGCCAAAGCCUCGCUCCGCACACGGGGCAGGGUAGGGACACCUCGAGGGGUGUGUGGGGGACAUGGCAGAGAACAUCAGGGGCUGCAGGAAUGAACCAGGCCUUUUAUUUUGGGGGUUCUGAGCAGAGUUGUUUAUAAGCCAGGUCAGAGCUACUUCUUGCUCAGAGGACUGUCCCUCCUCAGGAUCAGAAUACUCAUCCUUGAGGCUGGAUGUAGUGCUCGUGUCUGAGUGUGAAUGGAGAUAAAAACCACUAACUUGGAAGCAUUUGUUAGACUCAGACACUUAAGAAUUCCAUAUUCCCUACAGUAACCUCCCUAAGCCAGCACAUGUGUCCAAUUUCAGCUGCAAAGCACUUCUAAGCACACUUGAAUGUUCCUUUUCUUUCUCUUGGCCUGUCCAGAAAAUGUAGUGAGAGGUUCAGAACACGAUUUCCAUGAAAGAAUAACAUCUUUAGAGUGUAAAGAAGAGAAAUUUGCAUAGAUCAGGUAUAAAAACACAGUUUUGGGGUGUGGAACUGCUACUUUCUGCUGAACUUAGAAGGAUCACUCUGCUGCCAAACCCUCCAGGGAUCUGUGGAUUUUCCCAUAUUGGCUGCUCUCCUCCAAAACCUGGAGCCCCCUUAUGAUCAUUCAAAGUUGUGAUCUCUGUCCAAAAAGUGCUUUGCUCUUGCACCAAUGGCAUCAGGCUACUGACACAUGACCUGAAUUUUGGUGCUGUGUUUCCUCUUCCACCCAGGGUGUAGGAAUACCAUUCUGAACUUGAGGAUGUCCUGGAGAUGGCUCUGAAAAUGCAGGGUGAGCCUAGAGAGAGUGUGGAUAGGAAAUUCCACUCUCAGGUCAGUUGCUAAAAAGAGCUGAGAACGGCACACCUCAAAAAUAAAGCACAUAUUACUCUAUAGAGGUAAAGAUUCACAGAAAACUUCCCAAUGCCAUCAUGUGGCUGCAUCUUCAAAGUGGGAUGGAGCCAAAUCAGUCCCAAAAUGCCUGGGUUAGUCCUCAGCAGGGGAGGUCGUUGUUCCUGGGCUUUUUCUUCCUCCUCCUCCUCCUCCUCCUCUUCCUUGCAGGCUCUGGUGAACAGUUCAGACUCUUUUUUGGAAACCAGCACUCAGCAUCCUAUUUCCAGUAGAUUUAGCAUAGAAUUAUUUACAAUGGACAUAGAAGAAUUUCCCAAACUAAGCAAUUAAACUUACUGAGUUUUCCCCCUCCUCACAAUAACCAGGAAGCCUGUGCGUAAGGCUGCCUUUCUGUGGGUUUUAUGGCCAUUACUUACUCCACAGUGGGGGAGAAGAAAGGGAAGAAGUAAGUGUGGGCCUGGUGGGAAGAGUUGGCAAAUGCAGAAAUAUGAUGAAUGAGCUGGAGAGAUUUAAUUUCUUACUAAAUUCUCUACAAGCUGUGUAACCUUUCUUUAGCUAAACAAUUACUCUAAAAGGCAAUGAUUUUCUGUGUUUUCAUUGAAAAGUCUUCAUAAUAACAAUGGCCUAUGUUCUCCUUCUUGAAGAACUUCUGCCAAAAAACAGUUUUCUUUUUUCCAUUCAGCAGGAAACUUUCUUUUAUUUUUAUGUUUUCAAUCUCAUAUUCCUCGCUAACAUGGAUUUACAAGGCCCUACCACUUACUGCAUGGGGCUGGGAAGAAGCUUCCCCUCAGGCCAAAUCAUUUUGGUCCAUCUCCUUUGUAGGGAUUCUUGCAGCUUCCUCCCAAGAGGACUGCAACCACUAUCAGAGACAUAAUACCAGACUCGAGUGGCCAUUUAAGCUGACAAAAUGUGACAUUCCCUGUGUUCACAGGUCAGGGGACAUGGGAGGGCAUUCCCAGAUUUGUUUUUCAGAGGACAGGCAGCAGUUCUUGCUGUGUUGUGGUGGGUGCAGUGACUUUGGUGUAGUGGGGGAAGAGUCACCAGGUGUUUAAAUUCAUGGCUGCCAACAUGAGACAAUGAGAGGAGCUGAUGCUCCCUGAGCCACAGGGUCCAGUUUAGGGGCUGAUCCCUGAUCCCACAGGGGCCUGUGGCCAGCUGGAGCCUUGGAAGGGCUUUGAGGGAGAGCACUCUCACACUCCUGCAUUCACACACACAAAUCAAGCCAGGCUAGGGCAAGGUUAUGGUUCUGUGCCCCUUGCUGCUGUUGGCUGGCUUGGCCGAUUUCCUGGCCACCACUGCCCGCCCCAGCCUCCACGGCAGAUAAUGCUGUAUUGGAUUAGUCUGCUCGCUGCUGCAUCAGGCCCACAAUCAAUUUAUUGACUCUGUCAGAGUGGCUAGUACAGUAAUUGUUACAAGAGCAGAAUAGAAAGCAAGAAUGUGUCCACAUAAAAUAUAAAAAUGACGUUUUGUUCGUUCUUUCCUCUUUGGCCCUAUAGAUCUUUGUGUGUUUACACAGUGGAGAGCACUUUACUUAAGUUAAUCAGCUCCUUCUACAUUAUUAAUUGCGACAGUUAGGGCGCUACGUGGCAGCAAACGUAUUAUUGAGAGCAUUGAUCUCACGCUGACGGUGUGGACCUGGCUGGGUUUUGUAUUCCUUCCCUUCUUCCCAACUGCUUCAGGGCACUAUCAAAUCCCAUUUCUCUGACUGACAAUACACCAUCAAAACCAUCGAUCCCAGAGAGGGGCAGGAGGCUGCACACCAGAAAGAAAGGAAUGCUCAGAGAGCCAGGCUUGGGAAAGGGCUGUUGGAAGUUGGUGAUGGCAGUAAUUACAUGCCUGGCCUGAUUUCUCUAUUUUGUAAAGAGUAAUAAUUUAAGAGCUGAAGUUUCCCAGGUGCUGAAAAUUUGCAGAGGUGGCACGAUGAGACCUUUUAAAAUGUGUGCAGAAUGUAUACUCGUAAAAAAAAAAAAAAAAAAGAAAAAAAAAAAAAGCCAUACUGACUUUUUACAAGGGUUUUGGAAGUGCCUUUGAAAGACAUUUCAUGAAAGUUCAGCCUUCACAGCUGAUACCUAUAUGAGCUCCAUAAAUUGCACCCAGCCUGACAAACUCCAGUAGAUGUCACAUGUGACCUGGAUGGAAAAGGUCAGCAGCUGAAUUUAUGGCUUUUGCAUUUACUGGAACAUUAAGAUUUUUUGCCAACUGCCAUAUAUACUUUUUAAAAAUUCCGCAAUCAAAGGAUUAGGACCACAAUCCACAAUGAAAGUCAAAAAAUUAAAGGCCACAAUCCCUACAUCCUUCCCAAUGGAUAGGCAUUAAGCUACCUCUGUUCUAGGAAUCACCUUUGCUUAAUUGCAUUAACACAGAGGUCAAGGAAUGAAUAAGCUCCAGAGGUGAACACUUUGCAAAAUAGACUGUCCUGUUCUGAAAUUAAUAGUGAAUUCCAUAAAAAGGGACCAAAAGAAGCCUUUUCUUAACAGAGAAGGAGUCCUCAGUUUGCAGGAGAAGUGCUGGACUGUCCUAGAGAAAUAUAAAUAAUAUAGAGGGGAAAGACUGGGGUUUCAAAAGCAAUAGGGCAAAAUUACUUCAAUUUUGGUAAAACCUGUUUAUAUUUUAAAUUUUACAAAGGUGUCUGUUCUUAGAAAGGAUUGCAAACAGCAUGGGAAAUUGCAGCUUUCAAAUUUUACCUGGUUUUCGUUUAGAACAGCAAAACAUGUCUCAUUUUAGGCUUUUGCUUUGAUAGCAUUUUCUGCUUGAACAGAGGUAGAACUGGAAAAGUUUAAUUUAAAACCAGGAUUUAAAAAAAAAAAAUCUCAUAAAAACCAAGAGGCUAAACUUAAAAAUAUCUUCUAGGUUUCCCCUUAGGUGCUUUAGUUAUUAAUAUUCAACUUUGAAAACAGUACUGACACCAUAAUCAUAAUAUUCUCAGGCAUAUUCACUUGUGUGACCCAACUGUUACAUCAUCUACACAAACACUGGUUAUUACACAUGAAGAGAUGCAGCUGAAUGCACUGCAGAAGGCACUGAAAUGUAAUUUUAAUUAUGAGAUAUGAGUAACCAAAGUCACAACCAACACUGUGCAGCCACCUCUGAGGCUGAACACAAUAAUUUAGGAAGAGAUUGUUCCCUGUGAGGGUGGGGAGGCCCUGGCACAGCUUUUCCAGAGAGGCUGUGACUGUGCCUGGAUCCCUGGAAGUGUCCAGGACCAGGCAGGGCUUGGAGCAACCUGGGAUAGUGGGAGGUGUCCCUGCCCUGCAGGACAUGAAAGAAAACUACCGAUUUUUAAAGAAAAAAAGAAGGAUAACCUGAGAUACGAUAUUUGCAUGUGGGGUUGGGUUUUUUCAUCUUGGCAUGUGCUAAACAAUGAGAUUUGGGAUUUUGGAAGAACACUUUGACACAUUAUACUCCUUGUUUGGCUAUCCCCUGGUUUGUUGGGGUUUUUUUAAGGACUUUCUUGUAGCCCUUUAGGUUAAAGAUCAUGUCUGAGAAUUUGUGGUGUGGGACUCAGCUGUACAUUCAUUGAAGCUUGUGAGAGGAGGAGAUGGGGGAUUUGUUAUUGGCAGGAGCUUGUUUUAAAAAUACAAUAAUAUUUUUGUUUAAUUAUGCUCGUCUUUUGCUUAUAACUAUGUACAAUAGAGUAAAUCUAGUCUUUUUCAGAUAAGAGAAAGGCUAAAAUUCACAUUUUCUUUAUGGGGAGGGUUUGCAAUGCAGUCUUCAUGUAUCUGUGGAGUUUUUAUUUUGUGGUUACAGGUAUUAACUGUCAGUUACCCUAAAGACAUCUUCCUUGAUGUAGAGAUGGGUUUGGUUUUGGGGUUUUCCCAAAUUUCUGGUCUUCUAGGCAAUUUUAGACCAGGUUGGGCAGGGCUUGGGGAAACUUGGUCCAGUGGUAGGCGUUCCUGCCCAUGGCAGGGGCUUUGGAGGAUCAUCUGAUCUUUAAAGUCCUUUCCAACCCAAACCAUUCUGUGAUUCCAUGAUUUCCCAGCAAGGGAGGCUCCACAGGCUCUUUAUAAACCCUCUUCCUACCAAAUUCUGCACCCAGGGCAGAAUUUGUCCCAGCAGUGCUAACUGCUUUAUCAGUGCUGUUGAUAUUGUGUGAGUCUGAACAGAGCUCAGAUUCUUCUCCUGGAAGCUCUUUGGAAAAACAAGGAGUAAAAGUAGUAACAUUUAGGGGGAAAAAAAUGGGGGGAAAGAAAGCUGGAGGAGAGCUGUAGUUACCCAUACAAUGGAGCAGCUUGCUUAGGGAGUACAAAGAGCCACUUCUACACAGGCUAUUUUCAGGGAAAAACCUCACAUUCAGUGACUCACAAAAGCGAAGAGGCACCUUUUGAUUUUAAGUUCAAGGUUUACAUUAGUAAUUUUGUCUGUUUUCUCUGUUAGUAUUAAUUAAAUUGAGAUAGUUUAAUUAGUAUUACUAAAUUUGAUCAUUAGUAGUAAUUCAUUCUGCCUGCCAUACUGCACAAAUAUGAUGAAGCAGAAAUAACUAAAUUGUUUAAUUUCAUCUCAUUUAAUGACUUUACACUCCACCAGGACUUGCAUUGGCAUCUCACAGUAUGUGUGAAAAUUGCUCCAAGCUAGGCCAAGACCCAACUCCCUUUAGCCAACCAUGUCUAAUACAUCCCUCCUCAUCCAAAGAUGGAUCAUGUGCUGCAAAGCCUUUUCCCAUUUCUCCAACAGAGAGCUGGCAACCUCUGGAGCCUGGGGUGGUCUUUCCCUGCCCCACUCACACCGCUCCUGUAGCAUCCUGACCCCAAUGGCCCCAGUGGAUAUUUACAGGACUCAUCCCCGGAUGGGAUUCCCCACAGCAGGAUGGAAAUAAUCCCUUCAUGGAUCCCCACAGCUGGGUCCCUGAGCACAAGCAUGAUGCACAACCUUCCAUUUUUUUCGAGCAGUUUAACAAGGUACAAAGCAUCAGGAAAAAUGCAGAUGUCAAAAGUUCCCACAUUCAGGAGAGGUUUUUUUGUUUAGCUCAAUGCCCUCUUGGCUUUCUUUUUUUAAGAGGAGUUUUGGGAAGGGGGGGUUUCCUGAUGAAUCGAGUCAUUAUUCCUCCAGCUCACUGUCUUCUGUAAUUUUAAGGUCAAAAGUGCCAGAGUUGCCUCUGUGCUCCUAUUUUGGUCCGUGUUAAUUUGGAGACUGGUUUUGAUCUCCUUGGCCAGUAACACCUAGGACUUGCCAAAACCUGAAUUCCUCUUCCCUUUUUGCGGUCUCCAAACCCAGCCUUGCUCUACCCACCUCUCAAAACCUGCUGUUGUCUAGGCCCGCUCAUCAUGGGGUCCCCAGCUGUCCCUUUGCCUGGAGUGUGCCCUGCCAGCCCCACUGCUCCUGCUGCCCACAUUCCAUUCCCUGCUCUCUGCCUCCCAGUCCCCACCAACCCAUUCCUCCUGCUUUUUGCCCUGCUUUGAUCAGGCUGGGCACAGGGCUGCUCAUUUGUUCACUUCACCCAGACAGAGCACAGGCAGGGACCUGACUUUGGGGAGGCAUUUUGGAGGGAGUGCUUACUCUCCUGACCAGCCCAAGUUAUUCUCUCCCCUCACUUUCCUCUGUGUGCUCUGAAUUACUCUCAGGGCAGUCAAAAAAAGCAGCUGAACUACCUUGGGUAGUUGUAGGUCAACUACCUUUUGACCCAUGAUGGGUCUUCUCCUGUUGCACCACAAGGAGCCCCUGGACAGGGCUGGGGUGGUGGAUGGGUCCUCUACAGCUCCACUGGGGCUGUCAGAGCCAGGAUAAUAUAAGAGCUGGAUGACCAGGGCAAGGAAAGGCACCCCAGCCUUCAGCCUAUGAAGGCUGUAAUGACCUUUCCCUCCUCCAUGCUCUCCAGUGGAGAAAUGGGAGAAAAGAAGGCUGAAAACUACCUUUUGUACCCCAAACUGCAGAGCAAAGAGCCACAGCCUCUGUAGCAGCUUGCAUCCAUCCCACUGGGACCCCUGGGCCCCUGACGUAUCUCCCGUGGCUCGGCUGGCCCGGGACGGGGCAGGAGAGCUCAGGGCAAAGCCCCGUGUGUGUGUACGUGUGUGUCUGUGCGUGUGUGCUCGCGCUGUCUCGCUGCGAGCCCAGCCUGGGAGGCCCAGGCUGGGGGUUGAUUUUCUUUGGAUGACUUUCCCCGAUUGUCAAAAGCAAUAAAAGUAAAGAAACUUUUUUUGGGGGGAGAAAAACGGUGGUUGAGGGGAGAUUAUUUUUGCAGUCCUGGUGCAGGCAGAACUCCCGAGGCUUGGGGAGGGGGGAGCGGUUUUGCUCACCCGAGGACUGCAGGAACUGGCUUAAAUUGAAUAAAACUGUAAGUACAGUACCGGGGAUGGCGUAACAAGGAGUUCUGCAAAAGCAACACCACCGGAAAGCACAAUGAAGAAUAGAGCGGGUUACGCCGCGGUGAAAGUAUGUACUGGUUGUUAUAACACCGUGCCUCCAGAAUAAAUUAUGUCCCUUUAAAAAGUAAUACUUUAACUGUGGAGCUAUAUAGAAGACAAUUAAGACGAUAUUGUUCUCCUCAUUUCCCUCCCCCCUCCCCUCCCUCCCUCUCUCUGCAGUAGCUCUGUGGAAACUUUUAAUGCUGCAGCUUGAAACUUGGGCCUCUGGGUCUGAAAUGCCUGAGAAAGCACUGCGGGCUCUAACUGUAAAACAUUCCUUCGGCGGGCCCUGGAAACAGGGCGCGCUGGCGCAGGCGAAGUUCAGAGGGAUCACAUGGAAAUGAGGGCUGGCUGCAGGCUCCCGAGGAGCGGUUUAUUUCCCUUAAACCUGAACUUGAACUUGGGAAGGCGCAGCCGGGGCUUGGGCCGGGCCGAGGGCGGCCGUGAGGGGCUGGGAGCGGAGCCGCCGCAGGACCCGGGCACCCACCCUGGGGUUUGGGGGUCCCCGGGCACCCAGCGGCUUUUGUGCCGCGUCCAGGGGGGAAAUGUAGUUUGGGGAGCCAGAAAAUUUUGCUUUCAUCCAAGCAAAAGGCUGGAAAGUCCCGUCGCAGCAGUGUGUCCGCCGUCCCAGUUUCCACGGGACUUCCCGGCAUGAGGUUAUAAGCGGCUCCAAGUCCCCGUGCACGUGUUGUUUCAUAAAAGGAAAGAAAUGAGGGAGAUCUGCUGUAAGAAAUAUGGGAUUGUUGCACUCCCGAGCAAAUUUAACUGUGCCUCCAGCAGAGAAAAAUAUGGGGCUGUCUAAAAACAAGGCAUAAAGUGCACAACUCAGCCCCCCUCGCAGCACAUUUGUUUUUACCUCGAAAUAGUAGAUGUAAACCGUGAAGUGGGUUUAAAGUUUGGUGGGUUUAAAGGUGGGUUUUGCCUCUUUGAAUCCAUGCAUCCCGCUGUUUCCUUCUUCUCUUGCAAAAGUAUGUACAGAAGCAGGGAGCGAGAUGCUGAUGCUGGCCAGUGUCACUCAGGUGUGGUGGCAGAGGUGGCUGCUGUCCCAGCCACAGGCGUGGGGCAGCUUCCUCCUCUUCUGCCCACAGCUGGCCUUGGCUAGGGGGUCAUAUUUUGGUCAUUUCUGAUUACUCCCGAACAAUUUUGGCUAUGGUUAUAGCAAAACUUUGAAAGGAUGAAUGGGUGAAAAAAAUCCCGCUUGGCAGUAACUCAGGAAAUAUCUACAAAGAUGUUCUUUCUGGAGCGAGAUCUUAUUUCAGGGUUUGUGUUAGGAUCAUUUUUAUUCUGUGACAGCACAUAAAGAGAGCGGGACAGAGCAAUGAGGUCUGGCAUAGCUAAAAUCCCUUCUGUGUGUGUGAGGUUAUAUAGUUUAUCAAUGCAGAAACCACCACGGGCUUGGAAAAGUAAACAGCUGGCUUGGGUCUGUGUGCUGCACUUCGGAGUUGUCUGCAGGAUUUAAAUGGCUCGAUUGCGAUUUUCGGAGCGGGGCAAAUAUAUAUAGUUUUCCUUUCAAACAUGUCAGAAGGUUUUUUUGCAGCUGUUUGUUUUCUCUGUUCCUUUUUUACUUGUUGCAAUUUUCCUUUCUGAUUCAUUACGGUUUAUUUUGCUUUUACAAACGGCUUCGCUGCCACCAACAAGUCUACAAA